GUUCACAGAAAGGGGAGGGAGGACCGCUGGCUCCCUGGGUCCUUGAUCCCAUCUGAAAGCAAAUAAUGAACUUCUCCCUUUUCCAAACCGCGUUAAUGCCGAAAUAAUUGAUGAGAGGCAAAGAUUCGGGAAUACCGAGUGGAAUUCUGUUCAGGUUGCCAGUGGAAGAAGGAGGCCAGACCUCCGAACACCCUAGAAGGCACGACUGAAAGCAUGCUAAUGUUUGACCCGGUCCCUGUCAAGCAAGAGGCCAUGGACCCUGUCUCGGUGUCCUACCCAUCGAAUUACAUAGAAUCAAUGAAGCCCAACAAAUACGGGGUCAUUUACUCCGCACCGUUAUCUGACAAGUUCUUCCAGACCCCUGAAGGCCUCACUCACGGCAUACAGAUGGAGCCAGUGGACCUCACUGUGAACAAGCGGGGCUCUCCGCCCGCUGCUGGUGGUUCUCCUUCCUCUCUGAAAUUCCCAUCCCACCGGAGAGCAUCACCUGGGCUCAGCAUGCCCUCCUCCAGCCCGCCCAUUAAGAAAUACUCACCCCCUUCUCCUGGCGUGCAACCCUUCGGAGUACCACUGUCUAUGCCGCCUGUGAUGGCGGCUGCGCUGUCCAGACAUGGAAUCCGGAGCCCGGGCAUCCUCCCUGUCAUCCAGCCUGUGGUGGUCCAGCCCGUCCCUUUUAUGUACACAAGCCACCUACAGCAGCCUCUCAUGGUCUCCUUGUCAGAAGAGAUGGACAAUUCAAACAGCAGCAUGCCAGUACCUGUAAUUGAAUCAUAUGAGAAGCCCAUAUUACAGAAAAAAAUUAAAAUAGAACCUGGAAUUGAACCACAGAGGACUGACUAUUACCCUGAAGAAAUGUCACCCCCUUUAAUGAACUCAGUGUCCCCCCCGCAAGCCUUGUUGCAAGAGAACCAUCCUUCGGUCAUCGUGCAGCCUGGGAAGAGACCUCUACCUGUGGAGUCCCCGGAUACCCAAAGGAAGCGCAGGAUACACAGAUGCGACUAUGAUGGCUGCAAUAAGGUCUACACUAAGAGCUCGCACUUGAAAGCACACAGAAGAACUCAUACAGGAGAAAAGCCGUACAAAUGCACCUGGGAAGGCUGCACGUGGAAGUUCGCUCGGUCUGAUGAACUGACGAGACAUUUCCGAAAACACACUGGAAUCAAACCUUUCCAGUGUCCAGACUGUGACCGGAGUUUCUCUCGCUCCGACCACCUCGCCCUACACAGGAAACGCCACAUGCUAGUCUGAAAGCCUGUCUCCAGCUCAGUGUGAUUCCCUGCUCUUCCUGGCAUCUCUCUCUCUCUCUCUCUCUCUCUCUCUCUCUCUCUCUCUCUCUCUCAUCUCCUCCUCCUGCCCGUUAUCUAACUCAUUUUUAUAUGUACAUUUUAAUUUCGAUUCAGCUGGUCUGGAUCUCUGAAUUUAUAUCAUUCAAGACUUCCAUAUGGUCAGUAGUUGAUACUCUAACCCUCCCUCUCCUUACCACGGGUCAGACCUAAAGAAUGUGAACAUUUUUAUUUCCGGGAAUGCUAAGCAAACCCUCCUUACAGAUACAUUUAAUGUAACAAGAACAAGGGAACAUGUAAACUCACGACCAAUUUCUCGGUCUCUCCAUGUAUUCCUCAAAAGAAUGUCAAAGUAAACGUAUUAGAAAUACAGUAUCCAGCCUGCUAGUCCUUGCCAGAGACCUUCGACCUUCUGCCACAUUUUGUGUUUGACGACAGAAAGAAUCCCUUUGACCAGCUAGCAAGAGCCACUUGAUGUCAAGGCGGUCCCACCCUCUCGCCUUCGCCCUCGCCCUCGCCACGAUUCGCUUGUCGGCCUGUCUUACCAACUCGGCUGAAUCAAGUCCUUUGUCCUCUGUGGAGGGCCUUGACACCCCUGGGAGCUGAGGAGGAGCUGUCACUCAGGUGGGCCGUGUGCUCCCACAGCGAGCGCGAGGAAGAAGCAGAGGAUGCUGGGAAUGGAGGAGGGAGUCAGCGACUGCUGGCUAGGACUGGUUGGAGCAUCAGCGUCUGGGCCGUUCACAUUAGCUGUGCAGUGCGUUUGUUAACUGUCCAUCCCCGGGUACGGCUCGGCUGAGCACACCCUUGCUGCCCAGAUGGGUGCCCAGAGGGCUCUCCGUGCCACCGCCUCCGUGCCUGCAGGAUGGUCCUUCAUUGUCGAUCAUGAAGCCUUGAGUAAGGAAUCCACAGAGAUAUUUGCCCAGUAACGUAAAAAGAAACGAAAGCUUUUGAGACAGGGUAUUAAAAUGGUCUCUUCCCCCCCCCCCCACACACACCCCCGCCCCCCUACCUACUAAGAGUGUUUUUGCAAACAGGAAAACAUUGAGUGGUACUUAUUCCCACAUCCGACUAGUCACACAGCGUUCAUAUGCAGCUUUCUGUGUGAGCUGUAUGGUGCCAAACCAGCUGUCAUUUGUGUCCAUGACACAUAGUAUAACAGAGCAUCCAGUAAGCUUGAUCAAAGUCACUCAAUUAAGACCUGAGUGACACUAUUUGUAAAUAUACCUAGUGUGAAGCACAUAGAUCUUUAUUUUGGUGACAGAUUUUUUUUUUUUUUGAAAAAUAAGAGAAAAAAACCACAAUUCAGGGAUUUAUAUAUGUAGCUUGAAGAUUCCCACAAGUUUCUGCCAGAGCUAGCAAUUUCCUGUCGACUACCAGGUACCCUGUUAGGGACAGACUAAAAGCAAUGACUCGUGCUGAUGUUGCAGAUAAAUAGUACCAUUAUUUGGGGGGGGGGCGGGGGGAGUUUUUUAUUUUAUUUUUUUCAAAAGCAGGCUUUUGAACACCACAGUCUAAAUGCCAACCAAAACAGCUCACAUGCAGAAAUGUCACUGGUUACAAAUUUGAAAAAUAAAAUGGGCACAAUGGUCAGAUACGGCUGCCUAUGAAGGAUAGUCCCUUCAUCCCCUCACGAAAGAGGGAGGAGAAGAGAGGGGGGUACUCCUAAAUAUUCACCUCAGCCACAACUCAGGAUCCAACACUACCUGAACUGAGAGGAACACCCUACUUGAUUGUUCCUGAACGCCGGUGAAUGACAGGUCACCUCUUGGAGGCCUGCACAUCCAGGGAGCUUGCUUUGAUGGCACUAUGUUCACAGUUGUGGGGACUGCGCUCGCUCGGGAGGUCCUGCUCAGCCCUGUGAACCAGCUGAGGGGGAAUGUGGGUAAAAACUGCAAAGAAAUGUUAUCUUGGCUCUUGGGUUCCUUUCCUUUCCUUUUUUAGCACUGCAAAAAAAAAAAAAAAAUUCUGUUCAGGCAAUUAUUAAGGUAUGCUAAUUAGGCUCUUGCCUUUCUCUUUGUUUGCAACUAUGACGUGAAUUGAGGAGUGGAAUGUCUUGGGAAAGCAGGGUCUCCCUUGUCGGUGUUCUGUUGCGUUCGUGCCACCACCAUCAUGACUUGAAAUAGUUCUUCUGCAGAGCAUCGAAGAGUCCUGUUUGCUGUUUGUUCCAUUUUGUGUGCUCCAACCCAGUGGGGGUGGGGGAAGGGUGCAAGGAAGGGCCGUUAGCUUCGCUUCAAACCGGAGUCCUUAAUAGCUCCGCGACGUAUUUAAAGUUUGUUCAAAAGUCUUUAUUAUAUUAAUUACUCUUUAGCUUGCUUAGAUCAGAAAGAUCCAUUUUAACUCUGAAAGAAAAAUAACCCAGAGAAGCCAUUCUCUAUUCCCAUGCUAGUCUGAUAUACUUUUAGUUAAUUGGCCCUUACCAAAUUUCCUUUAUAUAUAAAUAUGUAUGUAUGUAUGUAUUUGUAUUUUACUAUUAUAGUUGAGAAAUUUAGUCUCUUAGUUUUUUGGUUUUUUUUUUUUUGGUUGUUUUGGUUUUGUUUAUUUUUCUGUUUUUUGUUCUUUUAGCUGUUUUUGUGGAUGAUACAAGUUAAGAUGCCCUGGAUCUUUGACUUUGGAUGACAUGCUAGGUUCUUGUCAGUGGUGGCUCAGUUGCAGUAAAUUGAUGAGAACUGGCUGUAAACAUGAGGUCAGCACUGUGUAAAUGAUGACAGAGUUCAUUCAAUUACCGCUCAAGUAUCAUCUGGGGGAAGUUCCAAAAAUAACCAGAAUCUUGUGUUUUCGAGUUUCACAGUGGGAGGGUACAUCAUUAAAUGGGCAUUUUGCACUCGAAAGUCACUUGGUUUGGAGACUGUGUGUAGCAUAGCUUUGUUCAACUGAGAAGAUACUAAAUAUGCAGACAUCGCAAGAGCCUUGGAACAGAAUUACAGAGGAGUGAUAUAUGUAUAUGUAUGUUUUAUUAAACACCCACCUGCACUAUCAGUAUUGCACUAAUGUGGAAUUUGAGAGUCUAUUGCUGAUACUGUAAUCUGCACACCAUUCCUUAGAUUGUUAUAAAGACAAUCUCAGAGAUCAAAGGUUUUAUAAUUUGGUUUGAAACUAGAAUUGUCUUGAAGGAGUUGCUAACGUACAUGAAGUCACUUGAGUUCUCUUUAUUCUCUUCUUAAUCAAGGUAAACAGUGUCUAAAUGAUUGCAAAUUCACUUAAGUAAUACAUUUACAAAGCCAUUUUACAUGCAUUAAAAGAGGGCUACAAUGUGUUUUACAAAUACUAGCACUUUUUUUUCCCUGUUAUGUACCUAGUGAUAGAGGGUCAGAAUAAUCUUUCUGCUUGGCAUCUCUUAAACCCUACCUGCAAGCGUAGCAGGCUUACUGCAUUUACAGUUCUUUAAUACUUGUAUAAACUAUGCAGAAAUUUUUAAUAAAGUGUAAUAUAUUUUAUAAGCUAAUAAGACUGAAUGGGUAAAGGUUUUUAGCAUGCAUUAGUAUACUUGCAAAUACUGAAACAUUUUGGUAAUCUUUCUUACUAAAGAUGUGAAUGUUUAAUGUACUUCUCCGUUUCUACCCUGUAGUCCAAUGGGAAUUCAGUAAUGACAUUUUGUCAUGUCAAACUGUGAACAUAAAUUUGUACUGUACAGUCCUCAUAUACUAUAUACAGUAUGCAAUAUAUGUAUUAUAUACUUGUUAAUAAAACCAUCUGAAUAUUA